ACAAGGACCUGAGGUUUUGGGUAUGGGAAUACGUAUUCUCCUACUUGCCUCUAUCAAUCGAUCUCCGCCCCGAUCCGCCCCUCCCUUCCCCGCGCCGCCACCCCUUGAAGAAACCCUCAAUUCCUUCAUCAAUCGAUUUCUUCAUCUCUGUGUUCUCCGGCUGCCGUUUUGUGUUUCUCGUGCAUUAGUGUACUGAUAAGGGUUUUCGAGCUUGACGAAUUUUGGGGUUUCAGGAUCUUUGAUUCAAGGGGAAUGGAUACAAAGCAUGAUGUGUAUGAUGAUCAUGGAGACGAUCUCUACAGCGAUGAUAGAGCCAUAGAUGACUAUGGUGAUUAUCUCGAUUAUAGCGAAGGGACGUUAGAACAAAAGCAGCAGGAGAAGAACUACACCAUCUUAAGCGAGGUAGAUAUACGUCGACGCCAAGAUCAAGGUAUUAAAACCAUUUCUACUGUUCUUUCAAUAUCAAGAUCUUGGUCAAGUAUCCUUAUGUGUCACUAUAAUUGGAAUAUCAGUAAAGUUCAUGAAGCAUGGUUUACAGAUGAGGAGAAAGUUCGCAAAUCUCUUGGUUUAUUAGAGAAACCCAAUUUUGAAUUCCCAGAAAAUUUUCAAGAACUUGUUUGUCCAAUCUGUUUCGAAAAUUAUCCUCUUGAUAAGAUGGCUUCCGUUGAUUGUGGCCAUUUCUUCUGUGUUACAUGUUUGGGAGGUUACAUUAGCACAUCAAUUAAUGAUGGCCCAGGAUGUUUGAUGUUGCGAUGUCCAGAUCCAUCUUGCAGUGUUGCAAUAGAUCAAGACUUGAUCAAUCAAUUGGUUUCUGAUGAAGAUAAGGAGAAGUUUUCUAGGUACCUUCUUAGAUCUUAUAUCGAAACCAACAGGAAAAUCAAAUGGUGUCCUUCUCCAGGUUGUGGAUUUGCUAUAGAAUUCGCGAUUGGUAGUAGUAGUAAGAGCUGGGAUGUUAUUUGUCGCUGUUCAUAUGGCUUUUGCUGGAAUUGUACCGAGGAAAUUCACCGGCCGGUGGACUGUGACACAGUAGCUAAGUGGAUUUUGAAGCAUAGUUCUGAAUCUGAAAGUACAAAUUAUAUACUUGUUUAUACCAAACCUUGUCCCAAGUGUAAAAGGCCAAUUGAGAAGAAUCAUGGGUGUAUGCAUAUGACAUGUAGAGCUCCUUGUAAUUUUGAGUUUUGUUGGCUAUGUCUUAGUGAAUGGUCAGGUCAUAGUAUAGCAUGUAAUCGUUAUAAUACAGGAAAGGAAGAUGGAGGAACUGGAAUUAACAUUGAGGAUGAGAGGAGAAGAAAGAAGGCUAGACUAUAUUUGGAGAAAUAUAGUCAUUAUUAUGAAAGAUGGGCAAGUAACCAGUCAUCAAGGCAAAAGGCUUUGGCUGAUUUACACCAAAUGCAAACUACCCAACUUGAUAAUUUGAUGGCUAAACAGCCUGAAACCUCCGGGCAUCUCGAAUUCAUAACGGAGGCAUGGUUGCAGAUAGUUGAAUGUAGGAGAGUACUUAAGUGGACUUAUGCCUAUGGAUAUUAUCUUCCUGAGGAUGAACAUGCUAAGAUAUAUUUAUUUGAGUACUUACAAGGCCAAGCAGAGUCUGAAUUAGAAAGGCUUCAUGAUUGUGCGGAGAAGGAAUUACAGGUUUACAUUGAGACUGAAUGUUCAAGUCAAGGAUUCAAAGAAUUCCGGGCAAAACUGAUUGGACUGACCAAGGUUACAGGGAAUUAUUUUGAGAACUUGGUCCAAGCGUUGGAGAGUGGGCUCUCUGAUGUUGAAAACCGGGGCACUUGCAGCGGCGAAGGACACACAAAGAGCUUGGGAGGUGGCGGAGACCCGAAAGGGAAGAAGUUCCGAUUAAUCAUUGGUGGAAACAGUCUUGGUCUGGAAUGAUUAGGUCUAUUCGCUGCUUAGUGUCAGCUGUAGAGAUAGGCUGUUGAUUUUGUUGUGGAGUUUUCUCCAUCUUUUACAGCAGUACUCAGAAAAUAGUCACCCGCUUAGCGGCUUAAGUUGAGGUGCGAAGCUGCUACUAGUUGCAACUAUAAUGAAAGAUAGGCUUGCUGACCCACAACUGGGAAAGAUCUCAUCAGUAUAGGAAUGAUAUCUAUUCAAUAUGGUAGUGCAAUAUUUUUGCUAAGAAGGGGGAGAAAGAAGAAGCCUUCCUGGUACAUCUAGGUCAGUGUAUUGUGGCUGUUUUUAAAAGCUAGUAGUGGAAUAAGGGAAAGGAGAUAAAUCUCUUGGGUGUUUCAUCAUGAGGCUCAUAAAUUAUUUUCCCAACUUUUUUAUUAGGUUGUAAGGCUCUUGAGGCUCAUAAAAUCAAUGAAAACUCUUUGGUGCUGCAA